AUGCCACAUGGCAGGUUUGGAGAUGGCCUGAGACUCACCGAAUCAGAUAUUCACAAUUUUCCAUGCAAGAAAACAAAAUUGACGGAAAGUGAAAGGGAUGACACGCCACAAGCUUUCGUUCAAAUUUAUUUUAGGCAGAAGUUCUCAAUCACAAGAAUCUUCAAAUAUAUGGAAUGCAAAUGUCAUAUCUCUCAUUCUUCUCAUAAACUUUGUAGGCAUGCAUCCAUGGGUCCGGUACGCGAGCUGCUGAAACGCACCGACCUGAUGAUUGUGUGGCGCUCGAAGGUGGCCAACAAAGUGAGGACCUUGUGGGUGACCUGUAAAGUGAGGACCUUGUGGGUGACCUGUAAAGUGAUGACCAUGCACGGAAAGGUUAAACAUGUCCUCACUCCAGGUUUACUCAUCGCCGAGAGCUUCAGGAUUUUGCUUUUUGAUAUACCGAUGUACGUGCUAGAUAGGUCGCUUGAUAACGUUGAGAAGAAUAUUUCAAAAAUAUUGGAGGAGAUUCCAGCCAUUGACGAGGUUAGAAAGAAGGUGGAUGCACUCAGUUGA